AUGGCCAUUGGAGACUUUUCAGAGACUUCGUACAGCUUCUCAUGCUGUGCUGCCGGCAUCCACUGUGGAGGCUGCCGCAAAGUGGUCGAGGGGCGCUGCACAGAGUGUGCUGCUGGCUACGUCCGCCAGGAGAUACCGAUCCUCAACGUCUCCAUGUGCUUCCUUUGCGAUGAUGUUCCCGGCUGGCAGGAUGCACAGGGCCUGAACUGUCGAGACUACGAAAGCCUCGGCUAUUGCUCGAGCCAUGACGAGGCGUUCCGGGGCUUGAGCGCCAGUGAGGCAUGCUGUGCCUGUGGCGGAGGCAGUGUGCACGCGACCCCCACCAGGGUGCCGCUGAUGGGGAAAUCCCUUUACUUUGGUCAAAGCAUCGACGCUUUUCCAGAGCCCCAGGCUUUCAGCACCCAAGUCGGAGCCUGCAACUUGGCAGAGUCGGGCCUGCAGAUCACAGGGUCGGGCGAGGUGUGGGGAAAGGUUUCAUCCUCCUCGCAGCUGAAGUGCUCGGUGAUGCUGACACAGGACCCGAUGCGUGGCAUCUUCAGCCCCGUGUCCCUCAACAUCCCUGUCUCCAAUUUCUCCUACGGCGACCAAGUCUUGGCGUUCAAGUACUGGGGUCUGGACACGAUACCAUCAACAGGAGGCUUUCCUGUCCAGUCCCGACAAAGGUGGGAGAACUUCCAGCUAUCCUGCAACCCUUCAUGCCCUUGGCUAGAGCUUCGCACAGAUGGCACAAUUCUCAGCAAAUACUCCGGCUUCGGCGAGCACGCUGACAUGGCCAUGCCCACGCUCUCCCGAUUUGGUGGCAUGCCCUCCUGCAGCUGCCAGGUAUCGGCACGGGCUGCGCUUUUGCCAGCCCCAACUCCAACUGCCUCCACCAGCUUCUUAACAGUUCAAGCGAGAAUGUGGAAGGCAGGCGCCUACGAGUUUUCUUCAGUGCAAGCUCGCAAUGGCGUCCCGUUGCAUCCCUCGCGGCUGCAGGAACAGGUGGAGGGCCUUCGCUGGUACGACGGCGAAGGCGAGAGCUGGAAGUUGCCGGUUCUGGAGAACACCAGCAGCGGCGAGCGUUUCGUGGUCUCGCCGUCCCUGCCCCCGGAGCUCCUGGACGUUCAGUGCCGCGACGGAGACGGCAAGGCCGCUACCUACGCUUGGUCUCGCCUCACGGGGGACCUGACCCGCGAUGGGUUUGUGGCCUUCAACUUGGACCCUCGCAGCGGCCUCGUCUCGGGUACUCCGCGGCUUGAUUUGUCGAAAGAAGGCCGAGGCAGCCUGGAGAUUCACUGCAGCAUGGCUCUCGGCGGCAGCCUAUAUGACAAGGUCCUGCCGGUGGCACAGAUCACCGUGCAUGUCGUGGACGACAUGUGCUGGGUCCCGGCACAGGUAUCGGGCCAUUUCCGCUGGAAGCAGUUCAGCAGCAACUCGUCCUGCCUGGCGCAAUGCCGCGAACGUGCGGACUGCGCGGCGGUUCGGGAGGCGAGCUCUGGCUGCCAUGCAAUGGUGAGCGACGGUGAAAGCGAAGCCUUCCAAGGUUCGGUGCUGCUACGAUUGGAAAACUGCUCGGAGGAAGACACGGGCCUAAACCUGACGUGCAAGGGUGCCAGGUACUUGCAGGGAGUUUUGGAACCCUCCAACGACUACAAGGACCAGGUGUCGUACUCCCGUGCAGGGCUCACGCCGCAGCUCCAGCUCCACCUGGUGCAUCGCAGCUUCGCGGAGAUCCAGCUGCCCAAGAGCUGCGAUGCCUCGUCCUGGCUGCUUGUGCACGCGAAUGUUUCGGAUUUCCAGAACGGAAGCAUGGAGGCGCCGGAGUACUUCGGUGCAGCCGCGGCCUGCAUCGACAAAGACGUUCUUGCCGGUGCCUUCAGCAACGGCUCAGAGAAGUUUGACCUUCGCCUCCUCCCGUCGGAACUGGACGACAUUUUCAUCCUUGAGAAGCCAAAAGCUCUCCAGCCAGCAGAGCUCUCUCUGGCGAUGCCCACAUGCGAGCAGCCAUCGGCGGGCUUCGUCGUCGGUUCCGUGGAAGACUCAAAGCACUUUUCCUUGGAUCCAUGCGAAUGCUUCGGAGAGCAGCACGCCCGGACGAGCCCAGUGACCGAGUCCUCCAAUGCGGCCGUGCCCAGGGUUGGUCCCUUCAACAACGGCUCCGUCAAAGACCAGCUGAUCUCCUCUGGCCCCUACACAUGCGAGCACAUCUCUCACAUCCGCCACUUUGCUGCUGCGACUCUGGCGAGCUGUGCCACUGCCUGUAACUCCAACAGCAAUUGCAGCUUCUACCAACUCGGUGUUGCUUCAGAGACCUGCACGCUCUUCCGGCGUUGUGAUUACCUUCAACAGAUUGACCUGCAACUGGUCAACAAGUUGUACGGUGUUGCUCCCAAGGGAGACUUCUGUCGCAUCGCGGAUCCCGACCAAUGCUGGACGAAGAUCAAGCGCCGCAGCUAUCUCAGCCUCUCCCCAUCCAGCGUUCCUCGCUGCCUCUUCCAGGCUCAGUACGAUGCCUGCGAUGCACUGCAGCAGAUCUCUGGGGAGCAGGCCGGGCAAUGCCAGCGGUGCCAGUACCUGGAAUCCAACAGCUCGUACGCUGCCAAAGGAAUCAGCAAGGUGCCGUUGCCCGAGGACUUCCCAUUAGGUUCGCAGGUUUCCAUCGGCUGCAACUACACUGGUCGCUUGUUCUCCAGGCUAGAGAACGGCUUGACAUGGGACGGUCCGCGGCCUUCAGCGGUCUUCACCUGCCAGCGGCAAAUGGAUCGGGGAGCCGGGUGCGUGGCAGCACCUCGAGAACCUGACAUGCCUGCAGUGCAUCCAGCUCGGGACACCAAGCCUCCGGCGCCUUACCGAAAUCACGCUUCCUGA